ACUAUGGGGGAAACAGCUGGCCUUCAGAGACACGUGCUUGCGUUCUUCCAUUUCCAACCUUGAAGUAAGAUGCUGUUGUAAAUAUUCCACAUCAGUGGUAAUCUCUGUUGCAGAACUCAGACGAUAAAUGUACUCGGAAGUUCUCAGUCUCUAACAUUACGGCUUCUACACGACUCUGAACCGCCGUAUCACGAAACUUCCCGCAUGGAUUCAUCCGACACCAAGGAUCUACGAUUUCCGGAGAACUUUCUCUUCGGCGUGGCAACUGCUUCGUACCAGAUAGAGGGAGGAUGGGACGCAGACGGAAAAGGUGAAAAUAUCUGGGAUCGAUAUACGCAUGAACAUCCUGAAUUUAUAGCUGAUAGAUCAAAUGGUGAUAUCGCUUGCGAUUCGUAUAAUCAAUAUAAAGAAGACGUUAGACUUGCGAAGGAUCUGGGGUCUCAUUUCUAUCGAUUUUCUAUUUCUUGGGCAAGAGUUCUACCUUAUGGAACAAUAGAUAAAAUUAAUGAAGCAGGAAUCCAGUAUUAUAGUAAUCUCAUCAAUGAACUCUUGGCAAAUAAUAUAGAACCAGUUGUUACCAUUUUUCACUGGGAUUUGCCGCAAAAACUACAAGAAUUAGGCGGAUGGACGAAUCCCAACCUGGCGUAUUUUUUCCAGGAUUAUGCUGAGCUGUUGUUCGAGAAAUUCGGUGAUCGGGUAAAAUGGUGGAUAACUCUAAACGAACCAGGACAUAUAGCCAGAUCCUAUACAACAAAAGAUCUUUUAUUAGCACCUUGUCUUGAUCUGCGUCACCUAGGAGCUGACUAUAUGGCCGUUCAAACAUUAUUAAAAGCUCAUGCUAUGGCGUACCAUGUGUACAGAAAAAAAUUUUGGAAGUUGCAGAGAGGCAAAAUAGGAAUAACAUUGCACACUUUUUGGUACGAACCUCUGACUAAUUCAAAAGAAGACGCAGAAAGUGCUGAAAGUGCAAUACAGUAUGAUUUGGGAAUUUUCAGUCACCCUAUCUUUAGUGAGCAAGGAGAUUUUCCGCCCAUUGUGCUCAAAAUUAUGGAAGAUCACAGAAAAUCAAGCAAAUUGUCAUUACCUUUUCUACCUUCAUUAGGAGAGGAAUGGAUCCACAAAAUAAAAGGUACGGCAGACUUUCUAGGAUUGAAUCAUUAUACAACAAGAUGGGCACAACCAGGAAAUCCUGACUGGUGGUUACCGGACUUAAAUGUCACACUCAGUAUAGAGGAAAAAAUUCCAGGAGCAAAGUCAGUGUGGCUUAAGACAGUUCCAUGGGGUCUUCGAAAGCUCCUAAACUGGAUUAAAAAUUCUUACAAGAACCCUCCUGUCUUCAUAAGUGAAAAUGGAUUUUCUGACAGUGGCGAGCUUCACGACGUUGGGCGAAUUGAUUACAUGACGAAAUACAUGCGUGAGGUGCUGAAAGCCACUGUCCUCGAUGACUGCCAAGUCCUGGCGUAUGCCGUCUGGAGUUUAAUCGACAACUUUGAGUGGUUUCAAGGUUAUACGGAAAAAUUUGGUUUGUAUCAUGUUGACUUCAAUGAUCCCAAGAGAAUACGAAGAGCCAAGACAUCAGUUAAUGUGAUAAAGCAAAUAAUCACAUCUCGACAAAUACCUCAAGACAAAGACUUAAUUGAAAACUGAUCCAGAAGUAAUUUUUGAAUGUUGUGCUUUUCUUUUGAUGUAUCUGAUCUUAGAUGAAUAAAAACAAAGUAUACAAAAAAUAAU